AUGAAGACGCCUGAGGGUCGCCAAACUGUUGCAAACAACGACACAAAUGUGGCAAGCAUGGCAAGUAAGAGACGAGGGAAGGACAAGAUCUACAAAGCACGUAUGAGUGUAGUCGAUAAGCUCUUUGGCGCAGACUCACCUGAAGCAGGUCUAUUUGCACACCUAGAGGUUCAUUCCGAGGACGAGAUCACGAAUGUAGAUGGGCGCGCCUUUCGUCACCGAAUCCGAGUUGCUUGGAGAGGUGCCAAGCUUGAUCAAUUCAUCAGCCUUAUUGACAAGUGUAUUGAGGGUAGAGAAAUUGUACCAAAGGCCAAAAAACAAGCAAAAGAGCUGACAAAUCGCGGACCUUAUUCUUCAACCCUUGACGAGGAUCAGUAUCUGCCAAAAAAAUUUCAAAAAUCAUUGGUGUCCGAGUUAUGGUUCAGCAAAUUGCCGGGUGUCACAGCUCAUUACCUUGAGCUCAAUGAUACAGAUAUUGUAGAUAUAAAUCAAGCGAUUCACGACCUGACAAACUUAUUAGCCUUAGACCCUUCUCAAAACCCUGUCACCCAUUGGUUUAUUGGUGAAGUUUGGGUACAAUUAUAUUACAGGUUCCCAAAGCUUCAACAAUCAUAUCUGAAAUCAAAUUCUCAAAGGAUCAUCAAGGUCAUAUCAAAAGUGAACAAUUGCGCCGAUCAAAUGGAUUACUUUGGGCCAGAUCAAAUCCGUUGCUGCUGUGUGCCUUUAGGAUGUCACAAUGAAAGAUUUGAAUUUGAUGAUCAGAUCCACUCAGGAAGGCUUUUCCAUCGUACAAACUUCAAGCGUCACCUGCAAAAAAGCAAAAACAACAAAAACACGCCCAUGCGAAGCACCAAUACGAAUGAAGUCCUGUCAGACCAGCUUUCCUCUGUCAACACCUUGGGUAGUCAUGGACAACAGAUACAAUCUAGUGAAAAGAGAAAGGAGCGAUCUGAAAAUGAAGACAAAUCAUCAGGUGAUGAAGACGUACACCGACCAAAGAAGAUCCAACGUGUGGAAAAUAGUAAUAUCACACUUCCAGCUAUAACAUUAAUGACAUUUCCAACAGAAUCUUACAAGAUACCUCAAAAGUUCCUUCAACACAAAAUGUGCUUAGAAUCAAUGAUGAAUGUUGCAUAUGAUCAUAUAUUCCACAAGAAAUCAAACUGUUCAUGUCGGAAAUCUCUCACCUUUGAAAAAACCCGAGUCAAAAAGUGGAUGACUUCUGCCAAUCCGAAAUCGAUCCCUUUUUGGAAAGAAAUCCCAGCUACGAUUCAGGAUUUAUUAAAGAGAUUCCAUCUCAAAAUAACGCCGAUUGAGACUAUCAUCCGAAAACAACUUGACAAGGCCGAACUUGAAGGAAUCUAUCCUGAAGACCAACCAUCGGCGCUCCCUCAUCUUGUGCCAGACACCGAUGCUCUAACAGAAUGCCCUGAAGAUGAAUCAUCUGAACCUAGCUCUGAUAGCCGGAUGUCUUACCCACAAGCUGCCAAAUCUCAGACCAGCACUACAACUAUUCUUUCACACCCUACGACAACUAAUAGAUCAGAUGCUUCUGAUAGCUCUUCCAGUACCAUUCUUGGUGCUCAUGGCCCAGCUCUCACUCCGCAUGAACUCAAACUUAUUCACAUAUCAAUUGAACAAGCAAUAACCCCCUCCUGGCUUCCUGUAGUACCUUCGCUCUUUGGGACCACUGCGCAUGGCAGUGUAAAAGCUGUCCAAUGGCUUGUUUUGUACACAGUUUACAUGGUAUUCUCUUUAAUACCGUAUCAUGCAAAUGCUGAGCCAAAUUCCGAUUCUCAGAAGAUCCACACAGCGAUACUUCUUGCCACACAGAUUAUCAAUAUUUCUGUGUCCCGAGUCAUGAGUGAGGAGGAUAUCCAAUCUCUUGGAUUGCUACUUAAAACCUACCGUCAACAUCUUCAAACCGUAUGGCCUAACAUCAAGUCUAAACCCAAUCUGCAUUUUGCCCAGCACCUACCCGAUCAGUGUCGCCGCCUUGGACCCCCACCAUACACUGCUGCUUGGGUAGGAGAACGCCUGAUUGGUACACUUGUCCAAACACCAAAGAACUUUUGUGCAGCCAAUCUUUCUAUCACCUCACGAAAUAGUGCAACCAGAUGGAAGGAGUUUUCUCCACCUGGUGAUGUACUACAUGCGGUCAAGGAGCUUCUACAAUCAAAUUCGAGCGUCAGCAGUGCCAGUAUUGAUUUGAUGUCAACAUCCUUGUGGAGACAUAGUGGCAAGUCUUAUAGUAUAAGCUCACGCCACUUAGGUAACAGCUAUAUCGAGUAUCACAUCAAUGGGAAGCAUGGCUUUGGGUCAAUCGAACAUAUAGUUCGUCUAGGCAUCUGGGACAUGGCUUCGUCGGGAUUCGGUGAAAUUUAG